AAUAAAUAUAUAAGAAUGUUAUUUCACAAUUCUCAGACAUACAUAUCAUGAUUUAAAAUGGCGCUACAAAAAAAAAUUGAUCCUGAAUUGGAACAAAUAAGAAAUGAUGUACAAGGACCACCAAAUUUGGAUAUGUUAAUUUUACAAAUGCAAAAAGCAAGUGAACAUAUUCAUGCUGGUUUUUUAUUUCAACAUGAAGGUUUAUCAGUGCUUCAAAAAUUAUGUCUUUUUAUAAGUUCAUCAUCAAUUGAAAAAAUAUAUAAUGGAUGGCAUGAAUUUGCAGCACAUUUGGGUUUAAAUCGUGAACAAAUACAAUGUAUUGAUUAUAAUUUUAAAGGUCUUCAAGAUCCAACAUACUAUGUGCUCCUAACAUUUGUUCAAUCUGAGAAUGCAACAAUUGAUAAAAUUAUAACAUCCUUCAAGACUAUUGGACGUUUGGACAUUAUCAAUAGAAUAUCAAAUCCACUGAUGAAUUUUUUAAAUUCUUUAACAACUUUAAUUGUUGAAAAUCAAAUUUUAAGACCUCAAUGUCUUCCAAGAGUUCCCCUGGUUCUUAGUCCAACAAUAACCGUAGAAAAUUAUUCAUUUUCAAUGUCAACAAUUAAAAAACAAGAUGAAAUAAAAUCUGAACCAAUUAGUAAAACAAAUUCAGCUAAAUCAUAUGGAUCAAUUGUCAUGUUGACAUUUACCAAAGAUAGUGAAGAAAUUGUUAAAAAAAUUUCAAAUAUAUUUAGAAAUAAAAAUCCAAAAAUUGGUGUUGUUAUUCUUAAAGAACAAGAAAAACAUGUUUAUAGUAAAGCAGAAGAAUUUGUUGAUGAUUGUUUUAAACAAGUCAACUAUAUUGUACCAAUUUUAACAAAAGAAUAUAUUAAACUUAUUAAUAAUCCUUCUAAAAAUGAAAUUGACUCAUUGACUAAUUCUCUUGAUACAAAAUAUGUUAAUUAUAUUUAUGCAUUAUUGAGAUAUGAGUAUGUCAAGAAUAAAUGUUGCAACAAUCGAGUGAGAUGUAUUGUUCCAGAUGUUGAAGUAUCAACAGUCAUAAAAUCAGAUUUACAUCCAACUUUACAAGCAUGGUUUAGAGAAUCAGAUAUUGAUAAUUUUACUGAUAAUAUAUUAUUAAAAAAAUUUUAAUAAUAAAAAAAAAAUAAACUUACUCUUUUAUAAAAUAAUCACCAUAAGAACCAAUUGCAUCUUUUAAAUCUUCCUCAGCUUUGUCAUUUAUCAUAUAAUAAAAUUUCCAAACUUCAGCACUUUCUGAUUUUGGCAUGACAACACCUUGAGAAUUUACAAAUGUAUUUUUAUUAAAAUCAUUUAAAUUAUAUGAUGAUUCAAGCAAUCCCAA